UCCCAGAGUCGCAAUGAAGCGGUUAAUACCCCCAACGAAAACGAAGCUGUUACGCAGGAGCUGAAACCCGUGGAUCGAGGACGUGAUGCCUGGUGCACACUUCUAGGCGCAUUUGCAUUUGAUGCGUUAUUCUGGGGAUUUCCUGGUUGCUACGGAGUCUUCCAGAGAUACUACUCUGACGUACCCGAGUUUAAAAACGACACCGUCCGGAUCCCCGUCGUUGGAGUCUUGUCCACCGGCUUUUAUUACUUUGGGUCGCCCUUCUCAGCCAUGUUGGCGAGAAAGUUUCCCAAGUACCAGCGGCAUCAAAUUUAUCUCGGCUGGGUCCUGAGUAUAACUGGACUUUUAUCAGCGUCCUUUACUUCCUCCGUCAAUGGACUCAUCGCCACACAAGGAGCGCUCUAUGGACUUGGCUUCGUGCUCAUUUCAAUGCCCAUCGUGAGCAUGGUAAACGAGUGGUGGGUUGCGCGAAAGGGCAUGGCGUUUGGGCUCAUUUCUGCUUCUUCUGGUGCCACGGGAGCAGUUCUUCCAUUCAUCAUCGAUGCUCUUCUUCGACGAUAUGGGUAUAAAAUCACGCUUAGGGCUUGUGCUAUUGCGAUGGCGGUUUUGACUGCUCCGUUGCUUCCGCUAUUCAAGGCUCGAUUGCCAGCCUCCGAUCAGGCCAAUCUGGCGAGGAUCAACUGGGACUUUCUGAAGCAGCCCCUUUUCUGGAUCUAUGGCUCUGCAGUUCUGAUUCAAGGCAUCGGUUUCUUUUUCCCAGUCGUCUUCUUGCCAUCCUAUGCCUCGCUAUUUGACAUUUCGUCCGUCAAGGGUGCGUUGCUGGUUUCCCUCAUGUCAAUCGCACAGGUUCUUGGACAAUUCGCCUUUGGCUACCUCUCAGACAAGAGCCUUCCCGUCAGUGUGUUAAUGACCAUUUGCUGCGCGUUUGCGGCGACUGCGUCCUUCACAUUCUGGGGUUUGGCCAAGUCACUGCCGCUUCUUGCCAUUUUCAGCUUCAUCUACGGUUUCUUUGCUUUCGGAUUCGGAACGAUGCGAGUGGCGAUGGGUCGAGCCGUCAGCGAUGACCCGUCUACGGUG